ACUAAUCAUUUAGGAACUUUCUACUUUCCCUUAGAAAUGUGAUUGAGAUUAUCAGUUUGAGACUUUGAGGGGUUUAAUUUUUCUAAUAAUAAAAUGAAGAUGGCUUAUUUUGGUAAAUGUUGGUAGAAAAGAAGCCUUCUCAAGCAAUCAGGAAAGCAUCUUUGGUUAUUGAUGUCAAAGACACUAAUGAUGGAGUUAAUGUUCCAAUGAGUCAAAGUGAACCAUGGACAAUUUUUGCCCACAAGAAGCCACAGAAAGGGUGGAUAGCCUAUAAUCCACGAAUCAUGAGGCCUCCAUCACUUAUGGGAGAUGCUAAAUUUACGAAGCUAGUGUCUUGGAAUGUGAAUGGGCUGAGAGCGCUGCUGAAAUUAGAGGGGUUCUCUGUUCUUGAGCUUGCUAAAAGGGAAAACUUUGAUGUAUUGUGCUUACAGGAAACUAAACUGCAGGAGAAAGAUGAGCUGGAAAAGUCAAAGCCUGUCAUUUUGACAGGUGAUCUCAAUUGUGCACAUGAAGAGAUAGACAUUCAUGACCCUACGGGGAAUAAGAGGAGUGCUGGGUUUACAAAUGAAGAAAGGCAGUCUUUUGGAACAAACUUCAUAUCCCGGGGAUUUGUGGAUACCUUUAGAAAGCAACAUCCUGAUGUUGUUGGCUAUACUUACUGGGGUUAUCGACAUGGUGGCCACAAAACAAAUAAAGGUUGGCGGCUAGACUACUUCCUCGUCUCAGAAUCCAUUGCUGACAAGGUUUACGAUUCAUACAUUCUUCCUGAUGUUACAGGUAGUGAUCAUUGCCCUGUUGGCCUUAUACUGGCACUCUAGUUAAACCGUUAGUAUUUUAGCUAUUGUUCAGACUACCAGAUGGAAUCGACCCAAAAAACCAACUUCCAAGAAACUUGAUGGUGCGGACAGUUGGAAAAAGCAGAUGUAAGUGACCAUUUUGCUGCCCUAAUAGCAGUGAGAAAAACUGCUUCAUAGCUUAAGUUAUGCUAUCAGCUCUGGUUUUCUUUCCCCCAUGAACAAAUUUAUCAAAUAUUUUGCAAGGUCACCUCCCAUAUGGGAAGGGGGUAGAACUUAAAUUUCCAGAGCUUUCACUGAAAUUUUAAUUAGUCAGUGUUUGUACGGUCUAUUUUCCUGAUAUGACAUCCACUU